CUCACACUAGUCGAUGGAUGAAGGUCGAGUUUGCGGGUGAUAUCCAUACGCACGUAGCUGCGGUACGUAAGAGGAGUGCUAAUUAAUAACGAGUUAUUUCCAGUCACUAUGGGACAACGUAGUUCGGCGUUAAAAGUAGAAACUAACACUGAAGAUAAUGCAACUAUACGAGAAAUCAAAAUAAUCUAUGAGGAUGUCGAUGACUCACUCUCACGAGAUAGGAAACACGAGGUUAACUUCGCAUCACAGAAGAAAGUUUCGUUCAACGCCGAUGUUCAAAGUGACCGUUUGGGCUCAGAUCGUGCGUCAAUCGGGAUCCAGUUUGAUGGUGAUGAGUAUUCUACAUCACACUGUUUUGGUCAAACGUUGUCCCUUAAUUCUUUGACGCAGUGUACCGUUUCUGGUCAUGCAGAUAACGAGCCACAGUUUACAGAAACCCAAUGCACAAAUUCACAUGGUAGCUUGGUAUCUCAAGAUAAUAUAAAGAGCGAUCAAACAAAUAAGAGCACUCCAUUUGAAGCUGAAUUAAUUCAAGCACCGGGCACAUUUGGGUCGGAAGAAGUUCAGAAGUCAUUAUUGAAUGAUGAACCGACAGCCCUGCGUAGCCGUGAAUCCUGCAACAGCACUAAAUCAACAACGAAGUCUGCUCUACAAACAGUGAGAAUGCCCAGACCCUUACGUCACAAGCAUCAAGGUUUAUGGCACCGUAUUUUGUUCUCAUCGCAGAAUCAACUGAGAACAAACCUAAACAAGGUUGAAUCAGGUUUAUUAAAAGUCCCAAUGCAAUUGACUGAAGACAACAACAUUGGAUACAAACAUUUUUCUACAAAACCAGCGUUGUCACAUUACCAUAUCGACGAUGGUAACUUUCCGAAUAUGUACAGCACAAGAUAUUCUUAUUCUGGUGAAAGUGAAGCUGAAAUUGUGUGGGGUGAUCAGAGAAGGUCAUUUGGAGCUGACAAAUUUGCCCCACUUAUUUACGAUAAGCUGAGCAAGGAAAGAAGUGCACCGAACUCAUGUACUGACGUCGUAACGCACUCAUUGACAACUGUACCUAAGGAUUGGGAUCCAAAAGUCCGUUCAGAUCAUGCGCUCAAAGUCGAAUGUACCUCUCCUCGAAGUGCUCAGCCGUGCUCGUUGUCAGUGACCGCAAAUUCGCCUAUUAGACAGCGUGGAAAUAUCGAGAGACUGACAAUGUUUACGCUGAAGCCCGAUCCAAUUACUCAUAACUCUAAAUUCAUCUUUGUUGAUGAUAGGAUUUUCGGCAGCUCCAUGGAUGCCAAACUGCUCCCUGAAUGUCUACAAUUGGUAAAUCCUUCAAAGCGCAGAUGUCAUAGUAAAAGGUGCAGUCAUAAAAUCUCCUCCACGUUCACUGGUGGUAAUAUGACUAUCCAGAAACGAGCUACGAAGAGGCAGUUGCAUUCCGCUGACUUUGUCAAGUACACUUCGGCGGACAACUUAAAUGGCCACCUGACAGCAAACGAAAUCAAUUUGUACAGCUAUCAGUUUUGGAUACAAUCCGAGCCGUGGGUAGAGAAGGCAUUUAAGAGUCCAAUGGACCGUCGAAUAGAAUCUAUUGGUCGGGUAUCGGAUUGUCGGAUCCGUUUAACCAACAAAAAGCGAUUCAGCCCUAGAGGGUUUCAUCAAAGGAUGGUCAGCAUUAUCGCCCCCAGUGCCGACGCCUUAGUUAAAUGUUGUAAACUAUUUGAUGACAAAUUUCCAAAUUUUUAUGCAACAUCCGGAGUGUUUGUUGGCUCCAAUUGUAUCAACGAUCUUCCACUUUUUGUUCAAAGUGUGAGCCGAAAAGAUCAAAGCAAAAGGAGUAGGCGGUUUUCCAAUGGUUUCUACCAGACAAACUAUCAACGGGUUGUAAAUGCUCCCUUUGUGUUUACAAAUGACGCAACUGAUGCAUACGUACGUCAAUUUCCAUCCGCCGAAGCAGUGAACUCGCCCACCUACUUUCACGAAAAAUUUUCCAACUUAUGGUAACCCGGACGAAUUUGCAGAAUAUACUUUUCCCAACAAUCGGAAUCUUAGUUUUAACUCAGUCAUGAAAUGAAUAAAAAUCAUUAACCU